AUAAUCACAAUAGCGACUGUCGCUUUCAUCAAGCAGCCAAUGGCGGACAAAGAUGGCACACACGAAGGACCACCCCAUCGCAGGUUGCAAGAUCCCCUACAUCUGCCCGAGAUCCUCAUUCUCAUCGGACGACAUCUGUGUCAGGAUGACAUUACCUCAUGCGUGCGCGUCUCUCGCGCAUGGCACAGCGCGAUGGAGCCCUUCCUCUGGAAGAGCGUUUCGAUGGUCCACGACUCUACACCCUUCACAGACGAUGCAUCCCUAUACCCAGAUGCAGCCUCUAUGCUCAGGAACGUCUGCCGCAUCAAAUCUCUGGAGCUCACUGGCGUUUCUAUGUCGCAACGUAUGCACAUGAUGGUGCCCUCACUCCAAGACCAGCUCGUUCACCUAUCCGUUGCUCACUACUCGUCGGAUGUGGAUCAGAUUCUCGCCCAAAACUCAAAAACCUUACAAUCGUUUGUUUGCAGCGACGUUGCUGCAGUUCUGCAGAGACCACCGCAUCAACUCUUCAUGCCGCCAGUUCCCCGUCUUCAAGGAGUAACCGCUUUCUGGGACAGGAUGGUCAGCCUAGACCGCCUCCAUACCCUGAGCUUGACCCACGUCCCAGUUUACAAAGCACAACAGGAAACAUUCUUUACGGUUUGCAAUCGACUGACCAGUUUGACUCUGCAGCGGGGAUCCGGCACUUUUGAUAUGUACCCGCCCACGAAGCAGCCCUUCACCAGGAUGAGGCGCCUUGCACUACGGAGGAACUCGAUGGCAUUCCGCGGUCAAUUUCGGUUUAUUACACAAUGUCCUAACCUCGAGCAUUUUGCUUGGAUCUCGAGCCAGGCCUCGCUCUUUAACUCGCUCAUGUUCCACAUCACCACCCUACCAGAAGAAGAGCCCUGUCGAAUUGUCUCCCUCGAUCUCUCGUACACAGAUAUGUAUGACAAAGAUUUCGCUCAGGUUCUGUCGUGCUUUCCGAGACUUAAACGUCUGAUCGCUGUCGCAUCACUUUUUGGUGAGUCCUGCAGCGAGCAGGUAGUAUACUUCAUGUCCGAGACUCUGGAAGAGCUCGAUGUACGAUGUUGUAGAAAUGCCAGCAGCGCCCUUAUCCAGGUCAUCCUGAUGUUGUGCAAGAACCUGAAGCGGUUUAGGGCAGACCAUUUCUCAGCGCGAGUCAUGGCCGCACUUCCUAAUCAGGAGAUAGCGUUGUGGCCGCAAUUACGACUCUUUCAGGAGGCACGUACGUGGUUUGCAUCGUCCAUGAUUAUGUCUGUCGCAUCGGUGCCGAAUCCUGAGGCCGGUUCUCAAGGGUCCGAAGGUACCUCGACGCCGGGGGGAGGAUUGCGCUCAGAAUGGAUCUGGGCGUGUGUGGGGCUAGAGGAAUUGGAGUUAGGGGUGAAUGACCUUGGGGACGAUGAUGAUUCGAUGGUGGACGUACUCUGCAGCCAGCUUGGUGCUUUGAUCCACCUUCGGAGACUUGUUCUUGGCUGGCGUUGUGCUGCAGCAAUAAAAAUACAGUAUAAAGGGACUCGGCUUGCGAAUGAGAGGAAGAAGGUAGCGACGCUCGACCUCGGUUUGAGUGGUGGGCUGAGUAAACUGGGCUCGCUGACAAAGCUAAGGGUCUUGGACGUGCGCAAAAUGGAUCGGUUGUCGUUGACAGUUAGGGACGUGCGUUGGGUGGGCCAGCACUGGAGAUCAUUGCGAAGGAUUUAUGGGAGACUGAUCGAGGGGUCAGAGGAAUCGGCAAACAUUCUUCAACUUUUGAGAACAGAUUAUCCACACAUCUGCCUGUCCAUUACAUGAAAUAACACUUUACUAGUAACGUCUGCGUGCAAUUCAGAGGAAUACGUGGUCAGAAGGCAUAUUAUUAAUACAACAAGCAAAGCAAG